AUGAGUUGGACUGGAGGAGACUGGCUUUGUGGGGCGUGUCAGCACCCAAACUUCAAAAAAAGGGAGAUAUGCCAAAAAUGUGGAUACCCCAAGUUUGGAGGGGUAGAUGUGUCAACGUACUUGUACAACAGGACUGAAGUUUUGGCUGGUGAUUGGUAUUGUGGUGCAUUAAAUUGUGGAAGCCACAAUUACGCGAGCCGUACAAGUUGCUACCGAUGUGGAAUGAUCAAGAUCGAGUAUACAGAUCAAUACUACGGACAUCAAGUGGUUACAUAUGGGAAUGAUGCCGGAGGUUGUCCUCCCGGCUGGAAAACUGGCGAUUGGGUUUGUCCAAGGGUCGGUUGUGGGGUUCAUAAUUACGCAAGCAGGGCAGAGUGCUUCAAAUGCAAGACAACAAGAAAUUACGGUGGCGACUAG